AUGACUAUGCGGCUAGGAAUUCCCUGCUCCGCCUCCACCGCCAGAGCUUUGAUAGGUCGAUGCCCAUUUAACAUGUCGAACAACAACGGCAGUGAUACCACCCCUCCCAAUGAGGCCUCCUCCCGAGCCCGCCGUGGUUCCCUCACCUCGCAAGCCUUCAACAACAUCUUCGGUGGUGGGACGGUCGGUCGGUCCAACAGCACAUCUGGUCCGACUCCUCCUUUCCCAGGCUCCAUCGCCACAGCCGCUGCUCAGGAUCAACGUCGACGUAUGUCGUCCAUCUCAACCCUUGGUCUCGGCACAUCCCCAACCCAAGUUUCGCCCUUCCCAUUUGCUGGUCGACGUAGCAGCGUCUCUACCGCGAACUCUGAGGCCGUCGACGAGAAUGCCAUCGAUGACGAGGAAGGUCCGGGCCGCGGGAACCCGGCAACCCCCUUCACACGCCGUAUCUCUUUUGGUGCACAAGCUCUUCGGAGCGCGAGAGGUGGUGGUGGUAGCCCAGGCACAGCCGGUAGACCACCCUCUUAUUCUCCCCUUCCACCUAUUGCUUCUCGGCCACGCAGUACUCGCGUGGGCUCGGGCUCGGGCUCGGGCUCUCAGGGUGGAGGUGUGACUCCUCCCAGCCCCCAGUUUCACGCAAAUAAGGCAAGCACGCAAUCAAAGCCCAGAACUGCUUCUGACUAUCCUCUGUCUGCUCGCCCAGGUGAUGGCAGUGGCUUCAACUUGUCCGAGCAGUUUAGAUCCCGCGCGCAGAGUGCUGUCUCACAGACUCAACGCCCCAGCUUCUCCGUUCCCACUUGCGCUAAGCCCAUGCCGGCCCAUGAGCGCGCUAAGAGUGUCAGCGAGAUGGCUCCUCCUCCUACUGCGGUUCCUGCUGCUCCACCGAAACCUGAGCGCCAGAAGCCUGAUGCCUUCCAAGAGAGAAUCCUCAAGGGAGACUUCGUAUUACAUGGAUUGAUUAUUGGAUCAUGGAUGAUGAUUCACUUUUACGCAUUGCUUGGUGAUGUUGCUACGACUGGUGCUGAUGGCGUUUAUGAUGCAGCUGGCAAAACGCCUCAUUACUGCUGGAGGAUGAUGGUUAUACAAGGGUGUUUACACGCUGGACGUGUUUAUUCUCGAUAUGAAGAUGCACUACAUGAUGGCUAA